UUUAAUUCUUAUCACACGCUGAUAGUUGUAUCGUAGAUAAAAAAACUCCUUGAUUACAUUCAACGCGAUUGGAAUUUGAUAAAAGACACGAAUGAGUUAAAAAUAAUUCAAAAAUACGCAUAUAAAGCCAGAUUUUAUACAGUGUUCUCUGCAUUGAUUGUUUACCCGGGAACAUCCAUCUUUAUUUCAAUGAUAUUUGUACCAGAUAUUCUCAAUAUAUUAAUGCCAUUAGACAAACCUCGUCUACGACAAUUACCGGUUCAAGUAGAAGUGUUUUUUGAUAUAGAGAUUUAUUUUUAUGUUUUCUUUUUAUUUUUUAUAACGGUCGUUUUUUUGGGUAUGACAAUACUUAUGGCAACGGAAACUAUGUAUAUGACAUUUAUACAGCAUGCUUGUGGAUUGUUCGAACUCGUUAGCUGUCGUUUAACAUGUGCGUUGAACACAAAUUUAUCAGGAACAACACUUUUAAAAACUAAAUGCAAACUUUGCACUAAACUAUUACACGCUUUUCUCGCUCAUCAACACUGUUUAGAAUUUAUCAAGAUUGUGCAAUAUGAAUUUUCAACAUCAUAUUUUAUUCUGUGUAUACUUGGUGUGGCAUCGUUAAGUAUUAAUAUGUUUCGCUUUUUUCAUGCAAUCGAAAUACACAAUAUAGUUGAGGUUAUUUCAACUGGUUUAUUCGUAUUCGCUCACUUCUGUUAUACAUUUUACAUAAAUUAUUUUGGACAGGAUCUAAUCGAUCAAAGCGAAUGUUUUUUUCAACAGAUAUACAGUACACAAUGGUACACAGCGCCGAUAUGCGCUCAGAAAUUAUUAUUCAUAGCAUUGCAACGAAGCGCGAAAACCAGUAAGAUUGUCAUCGGCAGUUUAUUUGUUGCUUCGUUUGAAGGUUUUGCAACGCUUAUUAGUAUGUCAUUGUCUUAUUGCAUGGUUAUAUAUUCAGUUCGAACAUAAUCGUACGUAUUUACGACAGCGUAAAUGUAAUUAUCAAUAAAAAAUCUGAAAGUGUGAGUAGCACCAUCAAUACUUGUAAAUGA